AUUCUAUCGUAUCUCACAUUCCACUUACUUAGCAACUAAACCUAACUGCUUUUUAAUCAAUUGUAAUCAAAACACACACCUUUUACGUUAACAUGUUUAAUGUCGUACCCAAUUAAAUAUUUGUCACUACAAAAAGCUGAGCUUGAAUAUGAGGUGAUCCUUAGAGGUGGUUCAACUGGUUCGGUGCAGGACCUCCGAAGCCAGAUAGUAAAAUUGGCCAUACCUCCUGAGGACAUUUUGGAAUCACAUUUAGAGCCUGCGGUUGACCUUGAUGCUGUUAAAGACAGUCUAACAAAAUCCCAAACGAUGCUAGCAUCCCUCAAAUCUAAAUUUGAUAAGACCCUGUUCUUGCGUACCGAAAAUCUACUACACCACAUAUAUCACAGAUUAAGGCGUAUCUCAAACGUUAGUGCCACGUUAGUUGACCAGCACAAAAAUUAUUGCACUACCUUUAACAACCAAUACAAAGAAAUUACGACGUUGAGGCCGGCAUCAACCUCAAAUGCAAAUGCAGUCUCAGUUUUGGAACCUGAAGCUACGGCGGUACUCCACUGUGAUCGUAACCUGACUUCUGACUUGGCAAAACUAAAGUACUCUGGAAAAGCCUGCGUUUUUUCUUUCAUUCAAAGAGUUGAAGAAUUUGUAGAGGUUAGGAAUAUAUCAAAGGAUCGUGUAUUGAAGUUUGCCUACGAGAUUUUCACUGAUGACGCAUUACAUUGGUUCCGUUGCAAUAAAGAAAGUUUUCAAAGCUGGGACGAUGUCGUCGUCCUAUUAAAAAAAGACUUUAGUCCAAAGAAUUACGACUAUCGCCUGACUAAUGAAAUAAAAUAUCGUACGCAAGGGGAACAAGAAAACAUUUCUAUUUACUUGUCUAUUAUGCAUGGCAUGUUUUCGCGAUUGGUUAAACCGUUGUCUGAGGAAGAAAAACUCGAAAUUAUCUUACAUAACAUCCGGCCAUGUUAUGCCAGCACCCUAGCCGCUUCACCUGAGAUCAAGGACCUAAAGACAUUAAAAACCCUUUGCACAAACUAUGAGGACAUUCAGUCACGCUUAUCCUUGUUUCAUGAACCGCCUAGGGUGACUUCUGAGACUCUAGCCCCAGAAUUUGCCUACACUAAAUAUCAUAAAAAUAAUAUCUACUACACAAAUAAAAACUACCAAAAUACAAAUUCAAAUGAAAAACAGAAAAACUACUAUAAUCAAAACAAAUAUCCUAACUACUCGAGCUCUUUCAACUACAACAAAUCUAAAACUACAGAGGAAAAGCCUACUACUACUAAUGCUGUACAAGCGACAGCAAACAGUACAAAAAAUGUCAACACUGCUAGUAACUCGCGUAAGUACUGUCCUAGGUGUCGCACUGAUACACACUCUUUGAAAGAAUGCAAACAGCCACACUUCCCUAUCUGUUUUAAAUGUGGUAAUAAAGGUGUACGCUAUCCUGAUUGUAAAUCCUGUAAUCCUAAAGAUGCAAAAAAACUAAAUUCAGUGGAUUGUAGUGUACAUAAUCUUUCUAAAAAAUCUAGUGGAAACUUUAGUGAUUCAGAGUGGAAAUCUUGGCUCAACUUCAUAUCUAAAUUUUUCACUUGCUAUUCAGUCACUGCAAUCCACGAUUCAGAUAAUAUACAUAACAGACCUUCUAUAGCUGCACCUCUAAAUAAACUUACUUCACAAGCUAAAAACUCACCCCCUUUUAACUGGUCUACCGAUGCUGAAGUCGCCUUCCGUACGCUAAAGGAAGCCUUAGUAUCUUCUCCUAUAUUGUCGUGCCCGGAUUAUACGCAGCCGUUCCAAGUGCAUACAGAUGCGAGCGAUUACGGCGUGGGUGCGGUCCUGACACAGGUCAUAGACAAUCAAGAGAAGGUUAUAGCGUACAUGAAUAUCUCCCCAAAUCAAUUUGGUUUCACGGCAUCCAAAUCAACCACGGAUGCUAUACAGGCGGUCAGAAUCUUGAUGGAAAAACAUAGAAUAAACAAAAAAGACCUGCAUCUUGUAUUCAUUGACCUCGAGAAGGCCUUUGAUAGGGUGCCCCGUAAACUAGUGUGGCAGGCUCUAAGGGCGCAGAAAGUGCCAGAAUACUUUAUAUACCUAAUACAAGACAUGUACAACGACGUCAGUACAAGAGUCAAAACCUUAGCAGGCUUAAGUAAUGCGUUCGAGGUCAAGGUGGGCGUUCAUCAGGGAUCUGUACUGAGCCCGUUCCUGUUCAAUCUCGUGAUGGAUUAUCUCACAAACCACAUUCCGGCACCAUUACCGUGGACGAUGCUGUACGCCGAUGAUAUUGUACUGGCGGCUAAUACUGCACAACAUCUGCAAGUACUUUUAAAUACCUGGACACAUUCUCUCGAGAUCCAUCGACUCCGAGUGAGCAGGAGCAAGACAGAGUAUCUGAAAUGCCCCUUCAGCGGGAGUACAUCCCCUGAAACAAUCUGCAUUGGAUCAGCACCCAUCCCUACAGUCAACAAGUUCAAAUAUCUGGGCUCCAUGCUUACGGCGGAUGCCAAUAUAGAUGUUACGCACCGAAUAAAUCUAGCGUGGCAAAAAUGGCGGACUCUCACUGGAGUUUUGUGUGACCCCCGCAUGCCUAUAAAAACGAAGGGCAAAGUCUAUAAGACAGCAGUUCGCCCGGUAUUACUGUACGGAUCGGAAUGCUGGACAGUAAAGAAGACACACGAGCAAAAAGCCCACGUAAACGAAAUGAAGAUGCUGCGGUGGGCGGGAGGGGUAACCAGGAUGGACAGGGUGCGUAACGAGCACAUACGGGGCAGUUUUAAGGUCGCGCCUAUCACAGACAAAAUGACAGAGUCUCGCGUCGCCUUAGAUGGUAUGGCCAUGUAA